AUGACUUCCCCUGGUGCUAUUGACAAAAGACUCAAAGUCGCAACCGGUGCUGCGGCAGCCGCCGGUCUGGUGAGAUUCCUGUAUCCAUAUUUUGGACGAGAUUACAACGCUGUUCGAAGCGGACGAGCUUUUGCUAAAUAUGUCAAAGGAAACCUUGCUAAAAAUCGUUAUAUUGUGGACCUGUUCGAAGAUGCCGUUGAACGAGACCCCUACAAGACGUUCAUCAUCUACGAAAAUACUAUCUAUACAUAUGGUGACAUUAAUACAAUGGCCAACAAACUCGCUAAUUUCGCCCGAGGAAAAGGAUUUAAGGUUGGUGACUGUGCGGCCAUAUUAAUGUACAACGAACCGGCUUAUAUUUGGAGUUAUCUGGGUUUCGCCAAGCUUGGUAUGAAAUGCGCUUUUAUAAAUUACAAUCUGCGAGCAGAAUCGUUGAUAAACUGUCUUGAUGUCACUGAUGCUAAAAUACUCAUGCUGGCAGAUGACCCCAGGCUCCUUUCAACAGUUGAAAAUAUUGCUGGGGAGCUAGAACAACGAAAUAUUGGAAUAUGGACAACAGGUUGCAAUGAGAAAACAAAAUUCCGGAAUAUAGAUGAUGACUUGGCAAACAUAUCAGAUCAGGCCAUACAGAGGGAAGUACGAAGUGCUAUAUUGUACAGUGAUGUAUCAAUAUACAUUUUCACUUCCGGCACCACGGGCCACCCUAAAGCAUCGCGGAUUUCAUAUUUUCGACAGAUGAGGGCAAUGUUCACGUUUAAUAUCCUUGGAGUCAAUUCAAACGAUUGUACGUACAUUUGCCUGCCUCUGUACCAUUCGUCAGCGACCAUGCUGAGUUUUGGAUCCGUGGUACGAUCCGCAUCCAGCAUGGUCCUUGCAAGAAAGUUUUCAAUCCAUAAAUUCUGGGAUGACUGUCGUCGCCAUGGUGUCACUAUUAUAUUCUAUAUUGGGGAAACUUGCCGGUACCUUCUCAGUCUACCUGAGCAUCCUGACGACAAGCGGAACUCUGUUAGAGUUGCCAUAGGAAACGGACUCAGGCCAGACAUAUGGAAACGUUUUCAGCAGCGAUUCAACAUACCUCUUAUACACGAGUUCUACGGAGCUACAGAGGGAAACUACUAUUCUGCGAACACGGACAAUACAAUUGGAGCCGUUGGUCGUCUCUCUCCUCUAAUCAAGUACCUCACUGGGUUUCAUGUGGUCAAGUUCGAUUAUGAAACAGCAGAACCAGUUAGGGAUUCCAAAGGUCGAUGCAUCCCCACCAAACUAGGUACUGCUGGUCUACUUAUAAAUCGCAUCACUGAAAUCGCACGAUUCGAGGGAUAUGCUGGUAAUAAAGACUUGACUGAAAAGAAGAUUAUUAGGAAUGCAUUCGUAGACGGCGACGCUUACUUCAACACUGGUGACGUCAUGAUGCUGGACAAGAACUAUUAUUUGUAUUUUGUGGACCGACUUGGCGAUACCUUCAGAUGGAAAGGUGAGAACGUUGCUACUACCGAGGUGUCGGACAUUGUGGCUAUGUUUCCAGGCAUCUCUGAAGCCAAUGUUUAUGGUGUUAAAGUACCUGGACAAGACGGGCGAGCUGGGAUGGCCGCUAUAGUAGUGAAAGACGAAACUACAUUCAGCAUGCAAGAAUUUCACAACUACAUCACAUCAUCUUUGCCUUUGUACGCAUGCCCCAAAUUUCUCCGAAUCAUGGAAACCAUAGACACAACGGCUACGUUUAAGCACAGAAAAAUUGAUCUGAUUCGUGAAGGGUUCGAUCCGGAGAAAAUCAGACAGAAACUUUAUUUUUACGAUUUUGAUAACAAAACAUAUUCCCCCUUAGAUAGUGCUGCAUACAGUAAAAUUGUUAUCGAACAAUACAACAGGUUGUGCCAUGGUUGGAUAUUAGUCAAGCUGCUGUCACUGAUUCCUUGCCAGCAAUGGAUAUCACAGUUAGCCAAGUUUGACUUUGAUAUUGCAUACCGCCCAGGCAGAAGCAAUGCUAAUGCUGAUGGCUUGUCAAGAAUGCCAAGAAAAGAUGUUGAAGAGACUCCGAGAGCGCAGUUACUUCUACCAAAGAAGCUUAGAUGUGAUGAUUAUGGUCUUCAUAUUUCAAAUGUUCAUUUUAGGUUUGAUAAUACCAUGGAUUUAGUUGUGGCACAAUUUCAUUGGCCCAUGAUGCGAUCUUUUAUGAAGCAAUUAUGCAAUUCAUGUAAGAGAUGUGUUCUUAGAAAGUCAAUCACUGCUACAACCAGAGUACCGUUGUUCAAUAUCCUUAUCACAGAACCACUUAAACUGGCUCUUCACCUUCCUAUUGAUUUAGCUUUUGAUCUUUGUGAGGAUGACAAUCUUCGGCAUAGAUUGAAGUCAUCAUAUGCUGAGGCGAUUGCUCAGACUGACUUAUCAAGGCAAAAACAAAAGAUCAAUUAUGAUAAGAAGUCAAACAAUACAUUGCUGGAGCUCAACCUUGAGAUAGAGUUCUUUAUCAAGACAAGACUCUAG